UGACAUUUGUCAAACGUCAGUUGGUUUAUCCAGCCACAUAAUCGAAAUUCACAUCACAGAAAGAAUUUUCUUUCGGGAAAUUCCAAUUUUAUGUUAAAUUCAUUUGUAUAUAACAUUUCUAGUUAUAUAUUAAAAGUAACUUGUUUAUAUGAGUCAUUAAACAUUGGCAGCUGGCAAAAGCAUAUAAAAUAAGUAAAUAUUUCACGUUGUGUGUCAAGAUUGAUUUUAUUUUAUUUUGUUUUAACAGUGGCUUAUUGGUAAUAAAUAGCUAAUAAAAUCACUUUGUGUGUGACGUUGUUCAAUUAAUUCGACAAAUUGGAAGUACGAUAAUCUGAAAUGUGAAGUAAUAGUUAAAGCUUGCAAUGGAUGAGAGUACUAAGAAUUCCCCUUGUAAGGAUUGUGACGGUGAUGCCGAGGGGCUGCAGUUGCACGCUGAAGUGGAACACUUGCGGCAACAUCUCUCGGAACGGGACAGUCACAUUGUAGCUCUUGAAGGGGAAUUCAUCAAGAGUAAUUCAAGGGCUAAUGAUUUAGAGGAACAAGUUAGCACCUGGCGGGAGAAGUAUGAAAGGUUAUAUGAUUCACACAAGAGAGUGCAGAAAUUGAAUCAAGUCCUUGAAGAUAAACUCCUGCAGAUGGUUGACAAGAUGAAAGGAGAGAAAAGCCAACUAACCAAAGAUAUUGCUACGUUAUCUGUGAGAUUAGCCGAGUCAAAGCAUAACUACAGUAUGUUGCAAAAGGAAAAUGAGAGAUACAAGAAUGAUAUGAAUUUGGCGAUUCAGCUGCUCCAGUGCAAACCGGAUAACUUUGUUUCGCAGAAAUUGGAUAACCUUCCUGUUGACACGCAGGCGCGGGUGUCUCAGUACGUCAUGUCCAAGACGUCGAAACCGUCGAGCUCCACACAAUCCAAAAACGGUAAUGACAUUGACACUUUUGAUGCCAGUGAAUAUGAAUUCAAUAUCUCUGCCUCUCUAAUGUCGAAAAUCCUCGAAGACAGCAUCCAAGACACUGUCACCAAACACUGUGAUACAUGCACCUGCAAUAAAUCUCAAAACAAACCAUUCUGCUACAAUGAGACCUACUACUCAGUCGCCACACAAACUAUUUCAAGCGGAGAAAUGAAAAAUUCUCUCUGUCUCAACUGCAAUGCUGAUGUGAAAUCACUACAUUCCAACCUCAGUAUUAGAAGUAUUUCGCCACAUCCCAUUAGAGUAAUCAAUGAAAAGUCUAUAAACCAUGGAGUCGUUACUCCUUUGUACAUCUUGCCACAAAACCCUGAACCAGUCAAAGACACUGCACCACCUGUAGUGCCAGCCAUUAUUGAGAGGCCGAAAAAUAAUGGUAUCGUUAUUGAUACCAUCAAAGUCAAUGAAAAGAACGUAAUAGAACCCAUCGUGCAAGUAGACGCUAUGCCUAAAGCAGAGGAUAUGAAAUCAUAUAGAAAGAAUAGUAGUGUGAGCAUGGAGCCUGCAGUGCACCACAAACUAUGCGAUCGUACAAAGAGUUCGAUUUCAAGCAAGAAAAGUAGUAUUCAGAGUGCAGGAAAUGAUGAUUCACUACUUACUAAAGAUUUAAUCAAUAAAGACAUACAAAACAAAGAUUUACUUAACAAGGAUUUAAUAAACAAGGACAUUCUUAACAAGGAUCUCCUAAACAAUAAAGAAGUUAAGCCACUUAUUGAGAAAACAGGAGAUGAUAUCAGUCUAAGAAAGAAUUCCCAUAGUUCGAUGGGCGCAGUUAGUCGGACGUCUUCCAUUGCUAAAUCCACAGUAAGUACACACAAAUCUAAUACUCAAGUGGGGCCUGGGCCUAGGUUCUGUCACUUACGCAUGCAAGCAGGAUCUAAAAAUAUCCUCCUUGACAACGCAGAGCCUGAUGUGCCACCAGUCUUAUAUAGGCGGCAAAGCAAAUGCAAUGAAAACUCUAUAUUCAAAGAUCUCGCCGACGAUGUAGAUAAUUUUAUAGAUCUAGAUAAAACCGAAGAAACUGUAAAUAUUAAAGAGGAUAUUAAAAAUGAUAACAUCGUCGUAGAGAGCACGCUUAUAGAUGUCCAUGUCGACAAUAACAGCAAAGACACUAGUGUCACCGCUAAAAACACGUCUAUUAACCCUAUCUUGCUGAAUGUUUCUUCUUCGCCUUUGCAACCUCUGAAGACGCAUACGUUCUCUAACAGCUCAGAAAAUAAUAAUAACAAAUCCCAAAGUAUUGCUAGUCAACAAAACACAUCUGAAAUCGAUAAUUUACUUAACGAUUUCAAUGCUGAUAACAAUAACACUCAAAUUAACCACACCCAAACUAACGAUGGUGAGGAAACAAAAACUGUUGAUGUUUUUACACCGACUGAUAAUCACGAUGUAAAAAUAUUCAACUUUGAUCGUUACGAACAGAACAAAUUAACUAAUCAAUAUAAUAAACCUUUAAGGAAAAUCGACAUGUCGCAACUUCACUCACUCGAAAAUACUAAGAUUUCGAAAGAUCUGCCGCCUCUAGGUGACAUGCCAAAGAUGGAGAAAAAGCCAGAGGUUGCCAAACCACCAUUGCCUCCCAUUGUAAAUGUUUAUCCCAAUUUAACGCAAACACAUUUGAAAGUAAACGAUAACAAGGUUUUUACAAAUGAGCAAAGUACCAGUUCUUUAUCAAGUGACGAUAGUGCUGCUUUACUGCAAAAGCAGCAACUGCUUCGAGUUGCGGAGUGGGUCGAAAAGAACUUGGAACAACAAAAUAACUUUAAUGAUCCAUUGGAGGAGGAUGUGAACUUCACCAACAGAAACCUGCGAAGAGACAGUAAACUUUCGAGGCUAACAGAAACUUUAAAUGAGUUGGCGUUGAAUAUGCCUCAUCCUGUGAGCAAGUAUUCCAAGUCAUAUGCAAGAGAGGGUCAUAAUUCGUGGGUACAUAACAACGUCCUUCCGCAAAACCAAGAGAAAAUGGCGAAACACGCAAUCGGGGUGCCAAAACAUGCUGGUCAUGUUGCUAAAGAAACAAUAUUUCCAGUCGAAAGUGGAGAUGCAACAGUUACUGAGAUAAGCGACACCACGAAGAAUAGAGAAACUGUUGCAGAUUUAGUGGCCGAAGGUUUGAGAGCUAAAGGCAAUAAGGAGAUAACGCCGGAGGAUUUGGCGCGGAUGGAGUAUAAUGUGAAGAAAUUUCUACUGAGCGGUCCUCAUUGGGCGAACCCGGGGUCCGUAAGCAGGAGUCGGCGCACAAGCAGUAAAACUGAGACUGAUGUAUAAAUUCCACAGUAGGUAGCCAAGUAGCCAUGAUAGAGAACCAACUUGCAUUCCAUGUUAGGUUGAAAUACGGUAUGGCAGUCUUGUAUAGAUUUUUGCAGCUCCUAAGCUACUUAAAGACAUUAUUAUUUUUGUUUAACUUACAUGUUUGUAAGCUUUAUGCAGCCAUUUUUGUUAUAAAAUGUUCUUUCAAAACAUGUUCCUAAGUUGUUAGAUAUGGUCACGUUUACUUCAUAAAUUAGAUUAUCAUAGUUUGUUUACUGCUCUUAUUAACGGAUUUUUCAUACUAGUCUACUUAUGUGUGUUUGAAAUUUUAUUGCGCUUAAGAUAUUUUAAUAUAGGAUUUAUAUUGUGGAAACUCUCGUAUUUUAAAGCAUUUAUUUUAUGAAUUUUUAAUGCUGGAGUAGUAGUGAGAUAGAAGAAAACGCAUGACGGCUAGCCUAUGGUUAAGACGGAUGCAAAAUUAUGUAUUGGGAAUUUUGUAGGCAAGUUAAAUCACAGAUAUGUGUUAGUGUUGAAAGAUCGAUAUUAAUUAAAAACAAAGGCUGUCGUUUGCUAGAAUAGCUUAGAAUAGGAAAAAUAUCGCCAAUAUUAAAAUAUUAAGACGAGGGAUGAGAGCUAUUUGUAAACGUGUGGCAUCACUUAGUAAGCGCAGACUACACAGUACAUUUUAAACUCGAGCACACAAUUCCUUCAAUGUUAGAUGUGUGUCAUGUAUAGUGAUUUUGUUUCGUAAUUUAUCUAAUAUUUUAUUAUCACGAUAUUAGUACGCUUUCGAUUAAAUGUGAUAAAUGCAAAGUAUAAGAUAGUGGUUAAAUUCGCCUAACGUACAAAAUAUUCUAGCAUUGGAUUAACUGAAAGUAUCUAUAUCUAAAGCAGUCGCAGAAAAUAUUUUCUUAAUAACAUUGAUGUUACCAUAAAAUAUUAUGAUUAGGGAUUUGUCGUUCAUUCGUGAGAUUCUGUGUCGAAAUUGUGUACCUAGAAUUCUGUAGAUAGCUAUAAUUUAUUUUUACGUUGAACCGUGUACGUAAUGGUAUUUUCUCGGAAUUUUCAAACGAAAUUUUCCUUAAUUUGAGAAUGUUUUGUUUCGUUGUUUUCUAUAUAAAGGUCGUCUUUUGUGUUGAACGUAACGGAAAGUAUUAAAGUUGUUUAACAGAAUGUAUUUUGUGAUAAUAUAUUUUGUCGUUUACAAUGUCAUUCACCUUUACCUUCUAAUAUCAAUAGUUAAUCAAGUAUAACAUAAUACAGGGGUGACAUUAUCAGUAUUUACUGAAGAAAUAUUGACAGUGUAGUCCUUGACAUAUUAACUCUUUGAACUUCCUACACAAUGUACUAUCAUGCCUCCGCUUACACAUGUACAAGUUUUAUAUAAAGUAUGUUAAUAUAGGCAUCAAAGUGGGUGUGUUUCAUGUAUAUUUUCCUAUAUCAAUGGAAUAUAUUUUUUAAAUAUUAGUUAUGGUGGAUCUGUAUACAGUAGUUAGGAAAUGAAAUGUUAGAGUGUAGAUCGCGCCUGUUGGUGUGAUGAGGUGGACAUUGUUUAGUAUAUUGAGCACAAUUUAGUGUCGUCCUGUGUUAGUGAAUGUGUCAUCGACGUCCCGACUACUUGCAAGCACAUUCCCUUUGUGACUCCAAUGCAAUUUUAUAUUAUAUAAAUGUAAUUAUCUAUUCAUUUUGACUGAUUUACAUUUUGUAUUUCAGAUAGGUAGUGUUUGGAACUGUGAAUCUGUGAUUUUUUGCGAUGAUCAAACGAUCAGGGGCUUGUCUGUUAUUAUUUCUCUUGCCACUUUAUUUAUUCGUUCUAUCAAAUUGUUUAUUAUGAAUUUUAUGUGAGAGUGUACUUAUAUUAAUUUUGUUUCUUCUGAUUAUUGUUAUAUUGAUUUGCGGUACCUAAGUAACUUAAUAGCUAUAGGUACAUUAUGUGCCCCUGAUCAGAUUUUUAUUUAUUGUAUGGGUCUCAUUAUUUGAUACACUCCAUUGAUCACGAAGCUUGUCGCUGGCCCUAGUAGUUAAGUUAGAUAUAGAAUGUCACAGUCUAAUUUUAUACAGUUGGUCAACGCUAAUUACAGUCCAUAACAUAUACGCGAGAAACACAAAUAUUCUCACUUAGAUUACAAGGAUAUGUAAAAAAUGGUUUCUUGAAAGACAUGUUUUUCCAACGUUGUUAGUUCUCAUAUCAAUAGAAUUAAUUAAGCAGUAGGGAUGCGAUGGUUUGACUAGUGGUGAAAACAUUUGUUAUCUCAAUCCGUGCGGUAUAUAAAGAUAUAUUCGCGUUGUCCAACUGUAUAAAGUGGUUAGACUGUGGUCCUGCUUUCGAAACAAUAUUCACACGAGUGCUACGGCUGUUCACACCGACUGUAGCUUCAGCAGCGUUAAUGUAAUAUGUGUUUAUUUAUUAAACAUUAUGGUGAACA